AUGAGCCCCUCCGUAUUGGCGAUUGACGGAGGGGGUGUCAGGGGUGUCAUUCCACUGGAGUUUCUCCUCCUUAUCCAGGAACAUUUACAUCCAUGUCGGAUCCAGGAUGUCGUGGACCUUGCGCUUGGCACGAGUUCGGGCGGCCUCAUCGCCAUUGGUCUGUUUAUCAUGACGUGGAACAUUUCAACAUGCUCGGGGAUAUUUGAGGAGCUAGCGCGGCGAAUCUUUCGUUCAAGGCGCCGGUCGCCUUUUGCGCUGCUCAAUUUCACAUACCGGAGUGGCUCGAUGCUUGGAAAUAUGGGUCGAUGGCUUCACUGGUUACUUCAUGAUAGCUGUUAUGAUGCUCGAGUCUUUGACGAUGCCCUUAAAAGCGUGUUUGGCGAGAAUCGUCUCAUGUUUGGCCCCAGCCGGGACGAUCCGCGCGGAAGUCUCCAAUCAAACUCUAAAAUUGGGGUGGUGACUACUAGCAUAUCUAGGGAAACAGGGGCGUUUGUGAUUGGUAACUUCAAUACCGUUAGCGAACCGGAGGAUCAAGGGGAUACCCAAAUUCUUCGGCCAACUGAUAUUGCACACGAGCCAAACGUGUGGAAAGCCGCUAGAGCAACUGCUGCUGCCCCUUUCUUUUUUACCCCUGCUGAUCUACAAGGAAUCGGAUCCUUCCAGGACGGGGGAUUAAAACACAAUUUCGCGGGCGAGAUCGCCAGUCAAAUCUCCCACCUGAUCUGGCCAGAGGCGAUAGGGUCCACUCGAUUACUUUCUCUAGGGACUGGCAUCACGCAGCCCGAUGUUAACCCGACCCCUCACUUCCGCCAUAUUUUCCGGGAUAGUUUCAUCCGCCGGGGAUUUGACGCAUGGAUGUCAACGUUGGGCACAGAAAGUGAUUGGAGGAGACUGAAGAGCCAACUUGAUGUCGCUGUUAGAUCCGAGUACCAUCGGUUGAACGUUGACCUGAGCGGAACACCCAGCACAAUUGACAGUGUGGAAACGAUGGAGGAUUAUCGAAACUUGGUCCUGAGUCAACCGGGAAGUUCUCGUAGAGCACGAGACGCUGCCACCACUCUACUAGUCUCAAGAUUCUACUUUGAACUGAAAGAACUACCCCAAAACACUGUGGCCCCUUUCUGGUGUCGCGGCUUUGUCCGCUGCAAGGGCUCCGCUAGGGAUCUUAUCGCGGCUCUUAACCGACUUUACCCCGAAGGGUUGACUUACGUUUCCGGUAAUAAUGUGGUGGAAGAUUUUAAUGGCGUGGAUGAGCUUUGUGGAUCGUGUGGCAGCUAUAUUCGCCCGUUAUCGUUUCUAGCCCACCAUAUUGACCAUCCAGUGGAUCUGUUUUUACAAGCAUCGUCAACUAGACGUUGGAGGCUGAGCGGCUUCCCGGAAAGGCUGGCCGCCUUUGCUGCUAAGCAAGGGUUGACCUCUUCUUUUGGUCGUAGCAACCACGGACUUCCCAGUCGUAUCGCAUGUAGUAGCUGCGAUGUCGCGAGUGGUCCCUCACGAAGUACGACACAGCGGCGCAAGCGCGAAUUAUCAGCAUCGACAAGGGUGUCUAAAAAGGUCUGCUUUGCCUUGGAACGGAAUACUUAG